UGGAACACGAGGAUGGGCCCGGCAUACUGAUGGUCAAUUUGGACAACAGCGCUCGUGAGUUCCAUAUUCUUCACAAGCACCUGAUCUGUCGUGGGGAUAGCUUGCUCGUCUCCAUCGACGAGGGCAACAUCCUGCGCAGUACACGGGUCGAGCAGGGAUAUGUUCCCGCCAGGAAGUGGACUGCCAAAGCAGAGCGACGCUUCCUAGAUGUCAGAAAGUAUGCAGCAGCUUUGCUUUGCGACAUGGAAAGCAAUAUUCUGUCGGCCGAAACACGAGUUCGUGCUGCUUUGCAGGAGCGUGACGAGGCUAUUCGCCGCGGGGACGAGGCUAACAACAAAUUCUUGGAAACCAGGCAGCAGAUGUUGGCCGUGUAUAGGCUACUGGCAGAGAAGGAAGUAGUUAUCGUUGGACUCCGAGAAUGCCUGCCCUCCAUAGAAAUUGUGGACGUGAAAGGAGACUCUGAAGAGACUGUGUCAACAUACCAUUGCUCCUGUGAGUCGUGCAUUGCGAAACGCGAAGCGACCUCCCUUCCCGACAACAGAGCUCAUCGUGGGGAGUGUUCUGUGCACGCCGGAGGUCCGGCGGACGAUAGUGUUGCUGAUAGUGGUGUCGGCAUGCCGAAACAGGCUAUGGAUGAAGACAGGAUGAAGACAGUACAUGAUGAAGAAGCGCAGCUAGUGUGAGUUCAAAUUGGCUUUCAUGAAAGUGUCACCGCAUGGGGUGCCAGGCAGUUGUCGAGCAGCGGCCACUGGCCAACAGAGCAUGGGAUGGGGAAAAACGUAUUUACGUCCGGUAGGCUUUUUGGCUUUUGGAGAGAGAGAGAGAGAGAGAGAGAGAGAGAGAGAGAGAGAGAGAGAGAGAGAGAGAGAGAUUUCAUGGCCGAUCAUUUCGAUCGACACUACUGCGGCAAGUGAGAGAGAGAGAGAGAAGAGAGAGAGAGAGCAAGGGUGCAAUGCCUGCCUUCGUCCUGAUCGGAUAUUUAAAGGCGUCAAUGCUGACCAUUUUAUAUGUUUAUGUGGUCAUUGUCAUGCAAGUAUGAACAAAGACUUUGGGAUCGA